UAUAAAAACACCCCCUUAUCCUACAACCCAAAAGCUCUUAAUAAAUACAGUACGUGGAAAAGAUCGAACAAUGAGUUUGACAGCUAAUGAUAAAUCCUUGGUCAGUGCCUUCUGGGGUAAAAUCUCUAGUAAAGCCGACGCCAUAGGCCAGGAAGCUCUAGGGAGAAUGCUUGUUGUCUACCCUCAGACCAAAACAUAUUUUGCUCAUUGGCCUGACCUCUCUCCUGGCUCUGCCCCAGUGAUGAAGCAUGGUAAAACUGUGAUGGCAGCCAUUACUGAUGCUGUGGGUAAAAUGGAUGAUCUUGUUGGUGGACUGAGCUCCCUGAGUGAACUGCAUGCCACUAAGCUCCGCAUAGAUCCUGGAAACUUCAAGAUUUUGUCCCAUAACAUCCUCGUGACUCUUGCAAUUCAUUUCCCGACUGAUUUCACCGCAGAAGUGCAUGUGGCUGUGGACAAGUUCCUCGCGGCUCUGUCUGCUGCUCUUGCUGAUAAAUACAGAUAAGCACAUCAUUCAGCAGCUUUGCGUGUAUCUGCAAUCGGAGUCACUUAAAAGCAUAAAGAUAAAAUGUCAAAUGCAAUUAAUAAAAUAUGUAACAACCAAAAA